AUGGAUAAGGGCACGCUGGAGUGUGCGGAGCUGGUGCCCUUGGUUGCCAGAUACGUGCAGUGCGAGGCGGACCCGCCGAGCUCGCCGCUGGACGUGUGGGUGGCCGCCGACCGUGUGGAAACGAGAGGCGGCGGCAGCUGCCGAGCGGCGGCCCUGCCGGCAGGGGUCAGCCUGGCCCCGUCCUCCUGCCGCGGCCUGCGCCGCCUCCCCGGCGACGGCCUGCACCUGCGCAUGCGCCUGCGCCGCCCGCCGCCGAGCGCCGACUUGGUUUUUACUUUGAGGGAAAGCCUGAAACCCCAGAAGAAUUACGUGUUUUACUGUCAAUCCUGUGGUGACAUCAUAGUAAAAGACCGGAAAUUUCUCAGAGUUCUUCCUCUACCAAGUGAAAACUGGAGUGCUUUAGUUGAAGAGUGGUGUUGUCACCCUAACCCCUUUGCCAGAAGCACUUUGCACCCUCAACAUUGUGACUGUUUUCUUGGAGACACUUUUUUUCUGUUGAAUUCAGGAAAUGAAUCACAUGUGCUUGAAUCUCCCAUGUGCUGCUCAGAGACUGGUCACCAUACUUCUCAGAAUGGCUCCAACUUGAAAUCAAAGGAAAACACCAGAGUAAUUUGUAAGCGCUGCAAGACAAUGCUGGGAGAAACAGUAUCAUCAGAUACCAUUAAAUAUUAUGUCACCGAAGUGAUUAUUCGACCAUCUGAGGGAAGUUUCAGCCCAACACCAAGGUCUCAGUUUCUACAGAGCAUGGUUGCUCAGUGUCUUGUGGAAUUGUCCUCUGCUAAAACCACCUUUAGAUUCACCGUAAAAGGGGAUAAUGGAAAAAUCUAUAUUCUGAUAUGGCUUUUAAAUUCUGACACAUUGCUGAUGGAGUGUUUAGGAAGUUCCUCCUCCCACAGUGUUUUUACACUGUUUGGAGAUAUUUUCAUGCCUAACUCUGGACCAGUGGGGACCUGGAAUGCUGUCAAAGUCCUUUACCAGCCGUGCAUUAAAAGCAGGAAUAAGGACCUCGCUGAUGCAUGGGAAAAUGAUAUCGGAGUUCAUCCUUUAAAGUUUCCAGCAGAAACAUGUUUGGAAUUACUGCUGAUACUGGGUUUGAGUACCACCUCUCUGCCACCUUCACUGCAAUGCAUGAACUCUUUUCAGGUUGCCUUUUUGAAGAUGUGAAGAAUGCAGAUACCUGUGUUGAAGACUAUUCUCCAAUUUAUCUUCAGCAGAAAUGUACACAUAACUUCCAAUGGUGUGUCUUCUAGAAAAAAAUCCACUGGCAAUACAAAACAAAAUGGGGUUGUGGUGUGGUAUUCUUCAUAUCUGGAUGUGUUUCAAAACCAAAGACAGUUAACUUUUGCAUCCAGUACAUUCUUAGAUGUCAUUCUAAGAGUGACUUAGCUGUCACAUCCAGCUGGGAUGACUGUUAUGAUCUCUUCAUUGCCAAAAAGAAAUUAUCUAUGUAUCUUAGUACUAUCUUUAUCAGACAGUGUUUGAUAGUGACCUAUAUGUCCUUAGGAAAAUUCACAACUGGUAGCAAAAAGUUUUAAAAUACUUAACGUCAUGGAUACUAACAUAAGUUCUUUACUUUCUUUGUUCUGGUAAAGUUAGAAGUCCAAAAUUAAAAUACAAAAUCUGUUUUUUGUCAAAUUUGCAUGUUUAUCAUGUAUAUUGUUU